CAUCAAUAACUGGAAAAUGGCAAAGCACGCAGCGCUAACGGGAUUAAAUACAACAAGAGCAGGGGUGUGAGAGGCUAUAAAGUGUUUGAGGACGAAAAUGGGAGCUCUGGGUUUGACGUCAGUAAAGAGAAAUUGUCCGUAUAAAUAUAGGGCUUAGACAGUCAGUGAUGCAAAAACACACGAGCGUCCCCGAGACAUAUCCGAGCUUCUGAACGGCGAGAUCACUAGAAACCGAGAAUGCCAAAUUCAACCAGUUCCACUUCCUCCACCAAAAGCAUGAGGAGAGCUGGGUCUGAACUGGAGCGCUCCGACUCCAUCACGUCUCAGCGCUUCGUGGGGCGCAGACAGAGUCUGAUCGAGGACGCGCGGAAGGAGAGAGAAGCGGCGGAGGCGGCGGAAGCGGCGGCGGAGGCGAACGAGCACAUCGUGUUUGAGGAGGACGACGGAAAAGCACUACUCAACCUCUUCUUCACGCUCAGAGGCUCCAAAAGUCCGGGCCUCUCUCGCACUCUCAAGGUCUUCGAGACAUUCGAAGCCAAGAUGCACCAUCUUGAGACCAGACUGAGCCGUAAACCUAAAGAUGGCCCGCAGGACUUGGAAUAUUUUGUGCGCUGUGAGGUUCAUCUCUCAGAUGUAAAUACACUUGUCAGUUCCUUGAGAAGGAUUGCAGAAGAUGUCAGAACCACUAAAGAGGUGAAAUUUCACUGGUUCCCAAAGAAAAUUGCAGAACUGGAUAGAUGCCAUCACCUGGUGACUAAAUUUGAUCCAGAUUUGGAUCAGGAUCAUCCAGGAUUCACAGACCCUUUGUACAUAAAACGACGAAAACUGAUUGGAGAUAUCGCUUUCAAAUAUAAGCAUGGGGAAACUAUCCCUCGGGUGGAGUACACACAAGAGGAAAUUCAAACGUGGCGAGAGGUCUACAAUACCCUCAGAGAUCUGUACACCACCCAUGCAUGUAAUGAGCAUUUAGAGGCUUUCAGGCUGCUGGAGAAACACUGUGGUUACAGCCCUAAUAGCAUCCCUCAAUUAGAGGACGUCUCACGCUUUUUGAAAGAGCGUACAGGGUUCCAGCUGAGGCCUGUGGCAGGUCUUCUUUCAGCACGAGACUUUCUGGCCAGUCUGGCAUUCCGUGUGUUCCAGUGUACCCAGUAUAUUCGCCAUGCCUCUUCCCCAAUGCACUCCCCUGAACCGGACUGUGUACAUGAACUCCUGGGCCAUGUUCCUAUGCUGGCUGAUAAAACAUUUGCACAGUUUUCCCAGAACAUUGGUCUUGCCUCUCUUGGUGCCUCAGAGGAUGACAUUGAGAAACUGUCAACACUUUAUUGGUUCACAGUGGAGUUCGGACUCUGUAAGCAGGGAGACACGGUGAAAGCUUAUGGAGCGGGCCUUCUUUCCUCCUACGGUGAGCUAAUGCAUGCACUUUCAGAUGACACAGAGAGACGAGAGUUUGACCCAGACACUGUAGCUGUGCAGCCAUAUCAAGAUCAGACCUACCAGUCUGUCUAUUUUGUGUCUGAGAGCUUUUCUGAUGCUAAAGAUAAACUGAGAAUGUAUUCGAUGGGGAUCAAGAGGCCAUUUUCAGUGCGGUUCGACCCAUACACAAACAGCAUAGAAGUUCUCGACAACCCACUGAAGAUUAGAGGAGGAUUGGAGAUGGUGAAAGAAGAAUUGAAGGUCCUUGCAGAUGCCUUGAACAUACUGGCCUGAGUUUACCGGUUCAUGCCACCUGCUGCCCUGAUCCUCAGUGUUUACUAUGUGGCAUUUUCUUUAUAUUGUGUGUCUUGUAUUUUUCUGCUGCAGCUAAAGUGGUUGCUUUUAAAAAGCUCAAUGGCAACAAAAUGACCUCAUGCUGGAAUUUGUUUCCAAAGACCUCACUGGAUCACUUUGUGACUCUCAUUUUUGUGUCAAAGAAGACGACUCUCAUAUUCAAUCAUUAUUGAAACCAAAUCCUAUUUAUCAGAAAUAAAACAUUAUUAUUUAGGUAAUACCAAGCUCUCUCUCUAUAUAUGCAUAAGGAUUAAUAUAUGAACAGUACUAAAUUCUAAAUUAUUAAGAAUAUAGGGGUAUUUUAAACAUAUAAUCUGCAUACAUGCAAAAUAAAUAAAUAAAUAAAUAAA